UACUCGACAAUGGCGGAUCAAUCUCAGAGGCCGCAGCAUGCAAGAGCCAGCAAUACCAGAUCCUUUCUACAUAAACUGCAGCUGCAUUCCCCAAAUUCAACCCAACUCGUUGGGUUCAUGACUCUUGUCAUCUCUGGCAGCAUUUUGCUUCUUCUUACUGGCCUAACAUUGACUAUUACGGUUCUUGGGCUUAUUUUCUUCACGCCUUUGAUCCUCAUUUCUAGCCCCAUAUGGGUCCCUGUUGGAACCAUCAUCUUCCUCGUCAUUGCUGGAUUUCUUUCCUUUUCGGGGUUCGGGAUUGGUGCUGCGGCGGUCAUUUCUUGGCUGUACAGGUAUUUCAGAGGGUUUCACCCGCCUGGCUCCGAUAGGGUCGAUUACGCCAGAAGCCGAAUUGCUGAUACGGCGAGCCACAUGAAGGAUUACGCCAGAGAGUACGGUGACUACUGGCACGGAAAAACAAAGGAUGCAGCUCCUGGGGCUUGAACCAAGAGUUAAUUUCAAGAACAACCUUUUGUCUUGUCUUAGUUUUUUAUUAUUAUUUUUUUUUUUUGUGUGGUUAUUGUCUCCUUUUCUUUUCCUUGUUCUCUAUAUAUAAC